UCCGCGCCACUGAGCCCUAGAAUUGAGCAGCCCUACCUUGGAUGGUAGUAUAUGUGGCAUAAACACCCUAGUCAUGAUACAUCCACCUUGAAGUUCGCCCCGCGCCGCCUGCGCUCUCAGGCUCACCCGAAGUUCUCAAACAGCAUGAGCCUAGUCUCAAGUGAUCCAAGUUGGUGGCCAUUCAUUGAUUCGAGUCGCAUUUCUAGCUGUGUUAUAGUUGCUUCCUCCGCUGGGGUGAUAUAUGAUUGGGCACUGACUUUUGGACAAGAGAUCGAACUGGUGUGGAGGCAACGUUUCUCCCUUAUGACCGUCCUGUAUCUGAGUGUGCGCUACGUUGGAAUAUUAUAUGCUGUCGUCCAGAUUCCGGUCAAUGUUCAGACAAUCUCGCAUAUAUAUAUAGUGAGUCAGACUAUAUCUGCUGCAAUGAUUUGGAUGACUUUUGUCGCAAAUGUAAUGCUGGGUGUCAUCAUGAUCACUCGAUUACAUGCCAUGUAUCAGCGAUCCAGAAAGGUGCUGAUAAUUCUCAUUGCCAUUUUCCUAGCUAUCUGCAUCGCCGUCGGAGUGCUCAUCGCGAUAACAGGAAUGCACAUUUCAGAGGAGGACUUCAUACUUUCUGGCACCUAUCAGUGCAUUUUUCACCCUAUAGACGGCCAAUUUCUGUCUACCGGCACUUGGAUAAUACUUGGUACUACAGCAUGGGAAAUCGUCGCGUUGUGUUUUGUAGUCCGGAUUGCUGUAAAGCAUUUCCGUGAAUUGCGACGAUACUCGACAGGAGGUAUUGUCGGAGACUAUUUUACGGUGUUAGUGAAAAGUCACAUUGUUUACUUUGCGAGCUUUCUUGUUGCUUCCUGCUUCGAGCUCGGUUAUUUAUUCCCCGAGGUCGUAGCGGACUUAUAUACCCUGAGAUAUCAGCUUUAUUAUGGUGUUUCUUCAUUAUCCACGGUCCUGCGAUUAUUUGUGCUAGGACCACGUCUGAUUCUUGAUGUACGAGAACAUCACGCGAAGCUCGUGGCCGACUCCGAUGCAGAAAACAGCAUGACUUCAAUUGCUUUCCAGGAGCGCGUGCAUGUGUCAACUAGCAGUAGUGUAUAA